UCCCAAGUUUAGUUGGCAACAAGGACUUGAAAGUUGACAAAUUUCCGGAGUCCUGGCUCGAACCCAUCUUCUCCAACUAGGUCGAUACAUAAGUCUUGAGUUACCCAGAACCCCAAUUGCCCACUUGUCUCUAUAAUCUUGUUGAAUCUGUAGUUUGGUCCAGAGCAGAUCAAGAUGAUGGACAAGAUCCCAAUGCAGUUUCUUGGAAUGGAUUUCACCUGUGCUUUCAAUUCUCUCAGUAAUGGCUCAAUUCCUCAGAAAGAUUGCUUGCUUCCACUGAUUUCUAAGCUUCUUGGCUAUGCCAUUGUUGCUGCUUCUACCACUGUUAAGCUCCCUCAGAUAUUAAGAAUAUUGCAAAAUAAAAGUGUUAGAGGACUUAGCCUUGUUGCCUUCGAACUUGAAGUAAUUGGUUAUACCGUAGCUUUGGCAUAUUGUCUGCACAAGGGAAUCCCUUUUUCUGCUUACGGGGAAUUGGCAUUUCUUCUUAUCCAAGCUAUAAUAUUAGUUGCAAUCAUAUAUUAUUUUUCUCAGCCUAUGCGUAUGUCAGCAUGGAUUCGACCACUGCUAUAUUGUGGUAUUGCACCAACCAUUUUAGCUGGUCGGAUUGAUCCCCUUCUCUUUGAAGCUCUCUAUGCAAUCCAGCAUGCAAUCUUUUUAUUUGCCAGAAUCCCACAAAUUUAUACGAACUUCAAGAACCGAAGUACCGGAGAGCUCAGUUCACUAACCUCUUUGAUGAACUGUGCGGGUUCCCUAGUACGAGUUUUUACCAGCAUUCAGGAAAAGGCUCCAACAAGUGUUGUCAUGGGAUCUGUGGUGGGCAUAUUGACCAAUGGCACCAUAUUAGGCCAGAUAAUAGCAUACCAGAAGCGGCCUGUCAAGAAAGACAAGAAGACAGAUUAGAGACGGGAUUUGGGUUUGUGGGAGUAUUGCUCUGAAGCCACAUCAGAAAGUCAUCAUACUUGUUAAAAAUGAUCCUGGAAUCAUUUGAUACACACAUUGGAGAAAAAUAUAGCUUAAAUUUAAUCAGCUCUUAGAUUAAUAUUCUUGUAUCAGACUUGGAUUUCAACGUCCGACACUGAAAUUCUGUAGUUUAAUCCGUAUUCUUCCUCUUGUUUCAACUUUGUUGUCACUUUGUUUCAGUUUAUAUAUGUUACAUUUGCCA